AUGUCCGCUAUUGGAACGCUUGUCUUCUGUCACGACUGCGGCAACUUGCUUCCCGCGUCCAUGGGCACGGAGAAGAACAUCCUCACCUGCGAUUGCUGCGGCGCCGACAACAAGGAUACCGGCUCCAAGACGAUCGUCACCCAGACGAAGCCCUCCGAUUUCCCGUCCCAGUUGCGACAGAAGCUGCAGUCCAAUGUCCAAGCCGUCGACAGGGCCAACGUGAACACGGAGGCCACGAUCAGAGAGACGUGCCCCAAGUGCGGAAGAGAAGAGGUCCGCUUCACUGCCGUGCAGCUCCGCAGCGCCGACGAAGGCAGCACCAUUUUCUUCACCUGCGAUUGUGGCUUCAAAUGGUCUCAUAACAACUGA